GAGGCGCAGAGCCGAGCCAGGCACAGCCAGUCCUUCCGCAGCUCCAGACAGCAGCAGCCGCUCGUCUAGACGAUGCGAGGCUGAGCGAAGGCUCCGUCCUGCGAGCUGCGGAGCCCGGAGCCGAUCCGCCGGGGCUGCUGGCGCCUGCUCGGCGCGCCUCCGUCUCCCUCGCUCGCCGGCCCCGGAACCCAGGCGCAGUUAUAUGAAAAAUACCGAAUAACCAUGAGUGGAGUAUUGAAAAGGAAGUAUGAUGAACUGGAGGAUGAUGCCACCUACUGCUCCUCUUCCUCCUGCUCCCCUUUCUCCUCUUCUUCGGCCUCGUCAGGUUGGGAAACAGAUGAGGAAAACUCUCCGGGAGACAGCAAGCCCAGCACUGCCUUACCCUCCAGUUUCACUCCUACAUCCAUCCUGAAGAAAACCAAACGGUUAAAGAAGAACAAUGUGGAAUUCGACCAGGUCACUGUGUUUUACUUUCCACGCUGCCAGGGGUUCACCAGCGUGCCUAGCCGGGGUGGCUGUACCCUGGGGAUGAUGAGCAAGCACAGUUCGUCCAGGCAGUUUACACUGGCAGAAUUUUCAAAGGAACAGGAGAACGUUCGGCGGGAGAAACUCAAGGAGCGGUUAAAAGAGGAGAAGCUGGAGGCAUUGAAAUGGAAGCUGACUGUGAACGGCACGGCAGAGUCUGAGGAGGCCAGCCAGCUCACUACUGAGGACAUAUCUGACGAUGACGUGGAUGUGAGCAAUGUGGAGCUGGAGGACGGCUUCUUCCUACAGCCCUACCCUGCCAAAAAGAGACGUGCUCUGCUCAAAACGAUGGGAGUGAAGAAGAUCGACAGAGAGGAGAAACGGGAGCUGCACAGCAUCCGCCUGUCCCGUGAAGACUGCGGCUGUGACUGCCAGGAGUUCUGCGAUCCAGAGACCUGCAGCUGUAGCUUAGCAGGCAUUAAAUGUCAGAUGGAUCACACUUCGUUCCCUUGUGGCUGCACAAAAGAUGGCUGUGGAAAUACAGAAGGGAGAAUAGAAUUUAACCAGGCUAGAGUGCAAACUCACUUCAUCCACACCAUCAUGAAACUGGAACUGGAAAAGAACCAGCAGAGCAGCGAAAGGAAUGUAGAACCCGAAUCAUCAUUCCGGGACAGGCUGCAUCAGUUUGGCUGUUCGGCAGGGAAAAACGUGUUUGAGGAAAGAGCUGUCCCAUUGACUCCAGCCUUUCAGUUCAACAUGGACCUGGAGACUGUUGGGGAGAAUAGCUGUAGUAGUGAUAUGACAGACUCUUCGAUUUCAUCCAUUCAGAGCGAGGAUUCAGAAGAACAGUACGAGAGUGUCCCGUCAGAUAAGUCUCAGUCUGAUAUUGAUGACGACGGCCUGGCAAGAAUACUCCACUUCAAUGAUUCCGACAUCGAAGACAACAGUAAUAAUUGCCAAGACAACUUGAGCUGUUUCCAUCCUGCUGACUUCUUUAGUGCUAACAUUGAAGACCAGUGUGAUACAACUGCUGAAAAACUCAGCACUGGAAAGUACUCUGGCCAUUUGUCAAACAUCUCCGAAUGCCUGGAUGAAAAUGCCAAUCAGGAUGCUGGUUGUUUUCUAGACGAAACUGCUGAUACACACUGUGAUGGGCUUUCUUGCUGCGUGUCAUCAUCUGCAGAGCAGUGCUCAAAGAGCUACACAGAUCUCAGCCUUUCCUCUGACUCCUUGGAUCUUUUUCAGUCAUUUUCCGACUACAACUUGGGACCUCUUUAUAACUCGUUAAAGGAAUAUGAGAACCUUGAUAACUUUUCAGCAUUGCAGUUUCAGUUGCCUAAUUUUCCUGGCUUUCCCCAGGCAGGAGACCAAAGCACCUGUUUCCUGGAGUCUCUAAUUGGCUUGUCUGAAUCUGUCCCAGAAACCCCAGUCCCUUUCACAGACAAUCAGCUUUUAGAAGAUGCCAUUAAGUCAUCACUAAUGGAAACAGUGAAAGUUUAAAAAAAGAAGGAAAACUGAAAUUAAAACUGAAGUACUGAGCAAACUUUCACUGAAGGAGAAAAUACUACAAAAAAGCUUUCUAAGCAGACAAAUUAUUUUUUGUCUUUAUAGAACAUGGACACUUUGAAAUACUGCAGCUACAAUCAGUUCCCUUGCUGUUUGUGCAAAAUUUAUAAACUUUCAUAAUUUGGAAAAAAUAGAAGACUUUCAAGUACGAAUUUACCUGUGUUUUGUAUAAAAAGACCUAUUAAGAAAUACUCCUUGUUAACAUUGCCAGUCAUACACAACAGCCCCUUCUAGAAAAUAUUCAGUGUUGCAGAAACUUUUUAAAACAACUUUUGAAUCCAUAUUUAUUGUGAAAAAUGAUUUGCAUAAGAGUGAGUCUGCCAUGCUCUUACAUUUAAAUCUGAAGAGGUUUACAGAAAAGAUCCAUACACUAGAUCCAUAAUCAUUUUCACCUAUUUAUUGCAAAUUCCAGAAUUUAAAUAGCCACCGAAGCUUGAACUAGCAUGAAACCUUAUUUAAAUUGGUAAUACCUCAGAUGUAUUAUGUGUACAAUCAUAUUUUUUACAUAAUAUAUCUGUAUUUAUUUAUUUUUUACCUUUUAGUACAUGAAUAGCACUGUGGUUUAUUAAUGACCUGGAAGUGCAAUAAAAGUCUUUAGCAGCACAGAUCCUAAAGACGACAACACUGUUUUUUAAAAGAGGUGGAAAGGUAUUAACUUUAGAGAUGGUCAGAUACCUUUUCCGUCUUUGCAUAACAUUUCUAAAAGAGCCUAAGCCAGGUGAAGUUGGGGGGGAAGGGGGGGUUGGGGUUUUUUCAUAAUUAAAAACAUCCUCUUGGUAGCUAAAAAUCCUUUCAUGGAUGGGAUUAUACAAUGUUGUGUGAGGUCCAUAAUUCUGCUAUGGAAAACAAUCCCCCUAAACUUGUCAAGAAAUAAUAUGAACUAACUAUAUUUAAAAAAACUUUUUUCGUAAAUUAUUUUAUAAUUUUAUUUAAUCGCCUAAGGAUUUGGCCAUCAGAUCGAUAAUGAUCUAUUAUGGUGCCUGAAUAUGCAGAGGAACCAUUAGCAGCAGCAGAUGUAAUGAGGAGGGACCUUUCCAGCCUGUAGAACUUUGAGAGCAAAGCAGAUGAUAGCAACACUGCUCAUGCUCCCGAUUUAAGUGCUCCUUAGUACGCUGAAGUGUCAAGGGUCUAACCAUUAUAAAACAUGAUGGGACAGACGAUUUAUAUGCAUUUUAUAGCUAAAGUGAUGCAAGUCAAUUAGAUGAAAACGAAGGUAUUGGAUUAUUUAUUGCUUUUAUACGUUUUAGAAAAACCUAAAAUAAAAAAGUAAAGCUGAAUAAUUUGGAGCAUCUUUUAAAAAAAAAAAUAAGAAAUCAAAUAGUAUUUUAAAGGGUAUCAGAGGCCUUCUUAGGCACAUGUGUUUAAAUCAGUCUGAAAACAGGUCACUGGCCAUUACAUAUAAUUGGACAUAAUCUGUAUUUUAGCAGUACACUAAGUGCCUGUGCCAACACUACUCGUGUGUGUUGGUCUAGUUUGUAUAUCCCGGUAUCAUGAUAUAAAUCUACCAGCUUUAAAAAUAGGUUUAAAAGAUUAAAUUCUUGUAUGUGAUACAGUGAUACCUGUACUUGAGCAAUAGCCAAAUGGGGGACAUAUUUUGUUCCUUUUAAAGCCUGGUGUACCUUGAGUUCAACGUCCAGCUCUAGCUGUUUUAAACAAAAGUGGUGCAUGUAGUGACCCCAUACUCUGAAUGUAACCCCGUGGUGUCUGCUUUGCUGACUAGGCUAGCAUAGGCAGACUCCCAAGCAAGAAAAGAUGGUGUCAGUUUGACUGAUUUUAGGCUGAAACAAAAACCCUUAUGAAAAGCUGAGGCAAAACACUUCCAUUGGCUGAACUAUAAAUCUAGCUGACUGUAGAGAUUAUAAUGGUUUGUACCUGCUAGUUAAUAAAUGAUUAUUUGGUAUUCUAAUUGGCACAGCAAGCUGUUCACAGCUACCAGCAAUUAGGAAAUUCUCACAUACCAGGCGAGCUAUUUUGUCCAUUGUAGAUCUUUGCUUGUAUUGAGCUGGUCAACUUUUAAAUGGACAUAUAACAACACAAAUUGAACUGUGACCCUUUGCAGCUGUGACUAAUAGCUGGGUUUCUGUAUAGCUGCAGGUUGUAUUGCUCAGGAGUCCGUUGGUGCUGUCUGAUUUAACUUCAUCAGACUCCACUGGCCACUCUGGGACAGCCUGCAUCUUCGCUCCUGGAGCCCCAGCUACCCUGACUGAGCCCCCAGCAUUCCUUCCACACUGGAAACCUCACUGAGGACCCUGCACUGUGCUGUGCAGAGCAAUGGUACACUUGCAUACAAGUCUUACCUAGCAAGAAUUGCUGGAUGGGACUUGGCUGCCAUGCAGGAGAGCCAUUGUAGGUGAACUACUGGCAGAUGGAGGAUUUCAAGAAUUUUUCUUUGUUCUGAAAAUCCCGUUUAAUUAUCUAAUUGGUGGUAGUUUCUAUUCUUCAGAUGGCAUCAAAAAUACUGACAAACAGUGUCCGGUACCAUUCUGUAUUUAUUGGCACUAAUGUAAGAUUCUGUUUUAGAACAUUCCUAGGUUUCUCUGCAUAUCUAUCAUUUUAAAAGUGAACGAUGGGGAUAAAGAUUCCUGCCUUCAUGGAUUUUUUUUCUAUAAUUUAUUCAUUUUAUUUGUGUUGGUGCCAAAAAAGAAAAAAUUGGUUCUUUUUCUCCCUUCUUCAGGGCACUGAACUGUAAAUAUAUAUAUUUUCCUCUCUCUGUAUCUGUGUAAAAAGUUGCCUGUUAAACAGUUUAAAAACUGGGUAUUUAUUGACACAAGCUGUAAUUAUCUAAUGUAUUGAUUGAAACGCUUUGGUUUCAACAUAGCUUUAUUUUAGCUUUCUUUGUGUGUAUAUAUUGUGAUUAUGUUGCUUAAAGGUACAAGUGAAAAAAGCUUUAUUUUUACCUUAUCCAUUUUCAUUUGUUUAAAAAAAAAAAAAGCAUAUUUGUCUACAGCUGCUGUCUGUCAUUUCAUCAAAGCAAUAUGAAGAAAUUUCCAUUUACACUCUCAAUAAAACAAUUUUGUUUGAA